CCCUCAGAUGUCGCUGCUGCCGUUUCACUGCGCGCCUGGAGCCCGGAGACUGACUACAGGGGAGCGGAACGGCUGGGCACCAUUGAAUAAAAGCUCAGCAAGUCUUCAAUAAAAAUGGCCACCAAUAAAUCUACAUUGCAUAAAAUGGGGAAGAAACAGAAUGGCAAAGGCAAAAAAGUUGAAGAAGCAGAACCUGAAGAAUUUGUUGUAGAAAAAGUCCUGGACCGACGUGUAGUUAACGGCAAGGUUGAGUACUUCUUGAAAUGGAAGGGAUUUACUGAUGCUGAUAAUACAUGGGAGCCUGAAGAAAAUUUGGAUUGUCCAGAGUUAAUAGAAGCUUUUUUGAACUCUCAGAAAGCUGGUAAAGAAAAAACAGAUGGUGGCAAAAGAAAAUCUCUUUCAGAUAGUGAGUCUGAUGACAGCAAAUCAAAGAAAAAGCGGGAUUCUGUUGAUAAGCCCAGGGGAUUUGCAAGAGGUCUUGAUCCUGAACGAAUAAUUGGAGCCACAGACAGUAGUGGGGAACUUAUGUUUCUUAUGAAAUGGAAGGACUCUGAUGAAGCAGACCUGGUGCUGGCCAAAGAAGCUAACGUGAAAUGCCCUCAAAUUGUAAUUGCUUUUUAUGAAGAACGGCUAACUUGGCACUCAUGCCCAGAAGAUGAAGCGCAAUAAUUGUUUGAGUUUCUUUCCCCUGCCCCUGUUUUUAUAUAUGUAUGAUUUUGACUUACCAGAAAUGUGGAAAGCUUCUAAGUUCUAAUGAGACAAGUUUGGUUAUUUUUGAAGUAAUGUGUUUUGAAUAAACAGAAAGGAUAAAAGGGUUUGUGCUUUUUGCUUUGUUUAUUACAGGAGAGCAUUUGAUACUGCUUCCUGCAUAUUAGGUAAAGUGUUUUAUAAAACUUGAUAGUUAAUAGUGAAUCUUAAUGGCAGUUUGUUCAAACUCACAAGUGUUUUUGUAGCCCUCUAUACAACAGACGUGCAUGCAUUUCCCCCCAAUUUAUUCCUCCUUAAAUCUGUAAGACCAUUCUUUUUAGUAUUUGUGGCUACUUGGUUCUAAGGGGACCAGGUAAAAACUUUGUAGUAAGUUGAAGUUGCGAGACUGUAUAUUAUUUACUUUAUUGUAAAUACUGGUGAACAGUUAUCAAUAAAAUAGUUUUAUAUUCUU